CGGCAGCCGGCACAGCCACCCCCGCAGCUCGGCCGGUUGCUCUGUACUAGUGCGCUGUGAGAGGGAGCCAGGAGUGAGGGUCCGUACACCCGCGGUCAGCAUACCGGCCAGGGGCGGCCACAGCCCACAGCUCACCGCUCUCCCCUUCCCUUCCGGUUUCCUCCUCCUCUGCAAACGGCGGAGUUAAAAAAGGAAACCAAAAGUCUAGGGUUUGUUCCGUUCCAUUUCCGGGGAGCCCACCGCCCCCCGUACGCUCACCACCGUGCCGGCCGCCUCCCUCCCUCCCUCCCUCUUCCCGCUCCUCCUCCCGACGAGAGGCGGCGGCAGCUUGGGGGAGUCAGCUAGCGGCUGCGGCGCCGGCGGGCCUCGCGCUGCGGAAGGGCCGGCGGCGGCUGCCGGUUGCCCCCGGCAGCUCCGAGGCAAGGUCACAUUUUGAGAACUGAGGGUAGUCUAUGAUGGCAGAUGCCAGUCCUAGAACAGAAACAUCAACAGAUGAUACUGACGACAACCAUGGGCUGGAACCAGGCACAGGCGCUCUUGUUGUUGCUUCCGACUCCAGUGACAGAUCCAAGGACAAACAUGAAGAUCAAAAGACACUGCGUCGUCUUGCUCAAAAUCGCGAGGCUGCAAGGAAGAGUCGAUUGAGGAAGAAGGCAUAUGUCCAACAGUUGGAGAAUAGCAGGCUGAAACUUACCCAACUAGAGCAGGAGUUGCAACGAGCUCGUCAGCAGGGCAUUUUUAUAUCUAGCUCAGUUGAUCAGUCACACUCCAUGAGUGGAAAUGGUGCAUUGGCCUUUGAUAUGGAGUAUGCGAGGUGGUUGGAAGAGCACAAUCGGCAAAUUAGUGAACUAAGGGCUGGUGUUACUGCUCAUGCAAGUGAUAGUGACCUACGCAGUGUUGUUGAUAAAAUCAUGUCGCACUAUGAUGAGAUUUUCAGGCUCAAAGGAAAUGCAGCCAAGGCAGAUGUCUUUCAUGUAUUAUCAGGCAUGUGGAAGACACCGGCAGAGAGGUGUUUCUUGUGGCUAGGAGGUUUCCGGCCAUCUGAGGUUUUAAAGCUGCUUUCAACACAGCUUGAACCUCUCACUGAGCAGCAGCUGUCAGGGAUAGGCAACCUCCAGCAGUCUUCGCAUCAGGCUGAGGAUGCACUUUCACAAGGAAUGGAAGCCCUUCAGCAGUCCUUGGCAGAGACCUUGGCUGGGUCUCUUUCGUCUUCUGGAUCAACAGGAAAUGUGGCAAACUACAUGGGUCAAAUGGCCAUGGCCAUGGGAAAGCUUGGAACGCUUGAGAAUUUCCUUCGCCAGGCUGACAACCUGCGGCUGCAGACCCUACAACAGAUGCAAAGGAUCCUGACCACCAGGCAGGCAGCUAGAGCACUUCUUGUGAUAAGCGAUUACUCUUCACGACUCCGUGCCCUGAGCUCUCUCUGGCUUGCUCGGCCGAAGGAAUAGCAAGCGCAUGUGAUUUGACUGCCAUACUUUUCACAGUUUGGUAUUCAAUGGGGAUCUUAUCAGGAGGGUUUGACAGGAUUGCGACAGACUUGAUUCGGAGAUAUCUGCACAUACUAUAAUCGGGAUGGUCAUGUAGUUUAGCCAUAUAGUUAAGUGCAUUGGUUCUUGGUUCAUGCUGUAUUAUUACCAACUGCUGUAAAAAUUGCUCUCUUUCGCCAUCAUUUUCCAUAUAUGUAUGCCCCUAAUUUGCAGAGGAUCAUUAGAAUGCAGAUUGAUGUUGAUCGGUCAGUUUUUGUUGACUCACUUCUAGGAAGAAAAGCAUGAAUUUGAAUACAAUGCUCUGGCAGUAAGUAAUAUCU